AUGGAGUUUCCAACUUUGGGAAGUCAAUGCUCGGUCACGACUUGCAUGCAACUAGAUUUUUUACCUAUCACCUGCUCACAUUGCCAGCUAAAAUUCUGUGAAAACCAUUCUCAUGUCAUCUCGCAUGCUUGUGCAAAAUUCCUGGAGAAUAUCGGUUCAGAAGGGAAACCGGUUAUCUACUUCAGCUGUUCUGACAAAUCCUGCAAAAGCACUUCACCUGUGGAAAUACCAUGUCUCAAAUGUAAGCUACACUUUUGUAUAUCGCAUCGUCAUCAUGGGUGUAUGGAUCUAGAAAAAGAAGAAAAGAUGAAAGAAAUGAAAAAAUGGAAUAAACCUAGGCAAGACUUCAAUGAGGCUAAAGCAGUGGUUGAUAAACUAAUUAAUAACUCUUUGAAAAAAGCAAAGAAUUCUGCAGUUGUCAAUAAGGUGCAGCUAAUGCGACUCAAAGGGCGAGCUGUCGGUUUUAAUGGGAUACCAACUGAUGAUAGACGUUAUUUUCUAGUGCACCCCCCGAUUACAAGUUCAUUGAAGGUGCCUGGGGGGCCAAAGGCUGCUUACACCUGUGUUCGCUGGACAAUAGGUUUGACCAUUGACAAGUUUGCGGAUAUACUUGGUAUACCAAACACAAACAAUACGUCCCAGAGCAAGAAAUUAAAACUUUUCCACCAAACCACAGGCUCUAUUUUAUGCGAGCAGAUGGAUGUGUCAAUAUCGGAACUCUUAGCCACUUCUGCAUUAAUCGACGGGGAAAGUUUGAUAUUAGAAUACUCCGAUAGCUUAUCGGUAGACCAGACUUUGUACCAAUAAUUGACAUUGAGUUUUGUUUUUUAAUAUAAACUAGCACUGUACCAUAGAUGACAUUGCGUUGUUACUUUGGCCUCAUAGAUUCAUCAUGCGCAGGUGUAUCUAUUAUUGGUCGUUCGGUUUUAUAUUUGUAUAAUAGUACACGUCAUUAUAUUUCA